AUGUGGGUACCAUUGUAUCCUCCUGUUGUUACAGUACCACAACAACCACCUUCUUACAAUUUAGCCUGUUCGACUAAUAAUAAACCACCACAAGUACCAUAUCAAAAUAUUGCAGUCUACCCAACAACUUCUAUAGUAUCAUUUCAACCUUAUCCAUAUAUUAUUGCAAAUCCACCAGUUGAUGUCGUAUCACAAGAAAGAUCAAAAACUACUCCAAUGCAAACUACUACUGCUCUUCAAGCUCAAUCUCAACGUACAUCUCGUCAUUAUCAAGUUCGAGAGAAAAUUUUUUCACUUGGCGAUAAUUUCAAAAUCAACGAUGACUUAGGCAAUCAUGUAUUCACUGUUCGAUCAAAAUUCUUGUCCAUUGGUGAUCAUUUAAUAUUAGAAGAUCCAUCAGGAUUGUAA